AUGACGACGAGAUUGACAAAAAAGUUAUCUUCUGGAAACCAAACAACUUCAAACUUGAAAAAUCCAGUAGAAAACUCUUGGAUUAUCAUGAUUAAAGAUUCCUUAUUUGAAAAUAACAGCUUCAGGAUCAUAACAUUGCCACAUCCAGCACAUGGUACCCCUUCCAAGUAUGUUUUAGAUGGCAAAAAUAAAAAUAUAUUUGAAAUUGUGACAUUUAAUGAGCCAUAUCGUUCCUGGUUUAUUGGGGAAACAGUCAAAUCUGAUGGAAGUUUUAUGUUAGUGACUCCUAUAAAUCCUGUCUUCAUAGUACUUCCAAGACUGCGUGAACAAUGUAAAGACAGGGCUAUGCCCAUAAAUGAUCUCCUCUCAGAAAAGGGUUAUAAUGAAAUUACUGGAUUUAUUUGUGGUCUAGACAAUAUUGCAGAUUUAAAGGGCUCUCUGGAGUUAUGUGCUUAUAAAUAUAAUGAAGAAAAAACACUUAAGUGGUUGGAGGAGAAAGUAAGAAAAUUAUCCAAAUUGAUAAGGAAAAAGAAUGUACAUGUUACGUCUGGAGUGAGUUCAGCUACUUUUAUAUCAAGCACAUUGAAUAAUGACGAUAUAGAUGAAGAAUUCUACCUUAAAUACGCAUUUGGAAUUUUAUCUGAUUAUUUGCAAGAUGACCUGGUGGAAUUAUUAGAAAGCAAAUUUGACUUUAAGCCAGAACUGAUUGAAACAGUUGGGACAAAAAGAAAAUCAAAUUGUAACAACUCAAAUGAUGUGAAAAGAAUCAAAUGUGAGACAUUAGCUGAGGAUAUUCAGAGUAUGGAUUGUAGUUCAACUGAAGUGAAGAAACAGAAGCCUUUGACAGCAAAAGAAAAGGCGAGACAAAAAGCAGCAAGUGGAACAAAAACUAUCUCAUCAUUUUUUGUUAAAAAGUAA